AUGUAUCUACUGUUUUCAUAUGAAGAAGCAUCUAGAGCAAAGCAUGGAAGAGCAAAAGCGCGGCAUGGAUGUGGCUGCGCCGCUGCAGUUACAGUCCCUCCUACGGGGACAAGUGAGAGCAACAGGAUUUCCAUCAUCAUUUCCCCAAGGGCUGCAAGCUCCAAGGUCAUGCCAUUUGAGUUGCUCAAUGCCGGCAGUGUCAGCUCACAUCCACAUGAUGAUCCUGCCGAAUCCUCUGAUGCUCAUGCAACUCAUUAUCGCCUAUGGAAUCAAGGCUUACCGAAGAUAAAAGCAGUUCCUCUCAUCAAGAAGGUGAUUGCUGAGUUCCUUGGCACAUUCAUACUGAUCUUCACUGUGCUUUCCACCAUAGUCAUGAAUGAGCAGCAUGACGGAGUUGAGAGCCUGCUCGGCAUCGCAACAUCUGCAGGUUUAGCCGUCACGGUUCUAGUACUGUCCCUCAUACACAUAUCCGGAUGCCACCUGAACCCGGCAGUUAGCAUCGCCAUGACCGUGUUUGGCCACCUCCCACUUGCUCACCUCCUACCUUACAUGACUGCACAAAUUCUGGGCUCCAUUGCUGCUUCCUUCAGUGUCAAGGGCAUCUAUCAUCCAGUGAACCCUGGGAUUGCCACCAUUCCAAAGGUUGGCACUACUGAAGCUUUCUUCCUUGAGUUCAUCACGACAUUCAUGCUUCUGUUCAUCAUCACCGCUCUCGCCACCGACCCCCAUGCUGUGAAAGAACUGAUAGCAGUGGCAGUUGGGGCAACAAUCAUGAUGAAUGCUCUUGUAGCAGGGCCAUCAACAGGAGCAUCAAUGAAUCCUGCACGUACGAUUGGUCCGGCAGUUGCAACAGGAAGGUACACCCAGAUUUGGAUAUACAUGGUGGCAACACCGAUGGGCGCUAUAGCUGGAACUGGAGCUUAUAUUACAAUUAAGCUGUAG